AUGGUGAAGCAACAGGAGCUCUCUCAGACAAAGGCAAAGGCAGCCAAUCUUCAGAGGCCUCUCAUCCCACCACCCCAGGAAGAAGCCCCAUCCAAUCAAUGGAAGCAGCAUCACGUCUACCUGGCCCACUACGGCAGGCCAGACGGGCAGAUUUGGAGCGCCAAGGUCGGCAGGGUCCUCGAAGGUUACGUUGACCCCGAUGGCUACUACCGUAUUACAAUCGAUGGGAAGCAGGUCCAACGGUCGCGCUUCAACCUGGCACUCUCCCUCGGACGCGCCAUCCGAGAAGGAUUCGACUGCGACCACAUCGUCCCCGUGAGUAGGGGAGGUGGGGACGCCUGGUCCAAUCUGCAGGAGCUGACGAAGGAGGCUCACAGGCGCAAGACGGCCGCGGACAACCCCGACGCGGGCACGAAGCGGGGAAUCACGAUGGGCAUUUGCAUCAUCGCACGUCACACGGGAAACGGAGUCGGGUUGCGGUUCGAUUCGGUGAAAGCGGUGGAGAGAGAGCUCGGGAUCAGUCACGGAGUCAUCGACAGGUCUCUGAAGGGUGCGACGAUCACAGGCGACUAUGUCUUCUCGUACACCCCGGAGCACUUGGCCGAGCAGGCCGAUCUGCCUGGCGAGAUUUGGCGAGAGGCCGUUAGCCGCCUUGGUCUGCUCCCCAAUAUCAAGGCCAGCGACCGCGGUAGGAUCCAGGACUCCAGAAGGAGGCGGAGCUACGGCUGCGACAAGCACGGUUACAAGGUGUUUGGGGCCGUGAUCGAUAAGAAGAGGGACCUCAAGGUGCACGACGUCAUCGCGAGGACCUUCCUCGAACCCCCUCCCUCUUCGGAGCAUACCCCCGACCACAUCAACGGAGACCCAUCCGACAACCGCGCCGAGAACUUGCGCUGGGCCACUGAUACUGAGCAGGGCAGGAAUCAGAAGUCAAAUCGCCGCGUGGUGCAGCUCGAUCUGAUCACCGGAGAGCAGUUGGCUAUCUUCGACAGUAUUGCUGCAGCGGCAGAGACGGUUGGGAUCUCUGCGUGCACUAUCACGAAUGUAGCAGGGGGGCGCGCCCUUACUGCCCGAGGUUUUGCGUGGCGCUUCGACGCCGCAAUAGAACAACUGCGCGCGCUGGCUCCGCGCUCGGAGGUCCUCGAUGCCGUGGGUGCGCCGGCGAUGGGUGCCAAAGUUCCACUUCCUUUUCCAAUGUACUCGCUUGACAAGGUGAAGCCAGGGAACGGAGCGCUGGCCAAGUGGGCUGGCAGGAACGCGGGGCCUUUCGUCCUCAGUGAUAAGCUCGAUGGCGUUUCGGCGCUGGUGGUUUGGAGACGCAAUCCGGGCCAGAAGCAGUGGAAGGUCUCCAUGUUCAGUCGCGGCAACGGCGUCGAAGGGACGGACCUGACCCACCUCAGCCACCUGCUGCCCAAGAAGCUCCGCAUCCUGCCGAAGGCGCCGAAAGCCGAUCUGUUUGCGGUGCGCGGGGAGCUCAUCGUCCCCAAGGCCGACUUUCAGCCGGAGCUCGCUUCCGACGCCAGGAGUCUGGUGUCUGGGCUCGUCAACCGGAGAAAUCUGGACGAUGCAGCCAUGAAGAAGCUGGCCCUGGUGCACUUUGUGGCGUACGAGGUAGUCUUCCCCAAUCUCCCAAAGCAGGAUCAGCUCAAGCUCCUCACCUCGUGUGGUCUGGAAAUCGUGCCCGCGCGCGUGGAAGAGGCAGUGAGCGACAGCAUUUUGGAGGCCUACUACUCGCAGCGGCUCAGCCUGUCAAAGUUUGCGAUAGAUGGCAUAGUCGUCGACAGCGGCUCUGCUCACGCGCUCCCGACAAGCGGCAACCCAACGUACGCUGUCGCGUUCAAGAAGGAGCUGGAGCAGCAAGGAGGCGAUACGACUGUCCUCGAGGUCGUCUGGGAGGCCUCCAAGGACUCCAAGCUGAUCCCGCAAGUGCGCUACGAGCCCGUGAACGUUGGAGGCGUGAUCCUGAAAGUGGCCACCGGGAUAAAUGCGCGCUUCAUCGAGGCGCAAGGCAUCGGCCCAGGCGCUCGCAUCCACGUGAUUAGGUCCGGAUCAGUUAUACCGAAGAUCACCCGCGUCAUCGAGGCCGUCGCACCUCAGAUGCCGCCGGUGGAGUUCGUUUGGGACGCCAACCGCGUCCACGCAAUUGUACUUGGCGAUGAUGAGGGCGUCGUCUGCAAGCGGAUCGUCAAAUUCUUCGUUGAGCUAGGGAUCGAAAACAUAAAAGAAAACUUGGUCCGCCGCUUCUACGAGAACGGCAUGACGACCUUGGCAUCCUAUCUGGAGGCAGACGAGGCCAAGCUGCUGACGAUGCCGGGCGUGAACCUCACGCUGGCGAGCAAGCUGGUCAACAACAUUCAAGCCGGCAUCAAGGGCGCCGAUCCGGUCAAGCUCCUGACGGCAUCCAACUGCUUCGGCACCGGAGUGGGCCCUGUCCGCCUCGCUGCUGCCCUUAAGGCGUUCCCAGACCUUCUGGAGCGCGACAUGGGCCGCCGCGAAGAGGUCUUGAGCGACCUUCGUGGCUUGGACGGGUUCUCAUCCAUCACCGCGGAGCGCAUGGUCGUCGGCUUCAUCGCCUUCUCUGCCUUUAUGGCGGAGCACCCCCAGAUUGUUCUCGGUGUUCCCGAUGAGGAGAUCGAGCAGGAGCAGGAGGAGGGUCUUCUGGGAAUGGUUGCAGUCUUUACCGGCUUUCGCGAGCCGGUAUGGGAGAAGGCCAUCUUCGCAGCAGGCGGUAGAGUAACGACCAGCGUGUCGUCACAGACCACGAUAGUCGUGGUGAAGGACCUGGAGGUGAAGGAGUCCGGCAAGGAGUCCAAGGCGAGGAGCCUAGGCAUAAGGGUGGUAGAUGCGCCCACGUUUGCUGAGGAGUUUGGAUUUGAAUAG